AUGUCUAGCGCUUCUUCCCCUGCACUACCUAUUGUCUCAUCCGGACUCAUCGCUGAGAACGAGACAAUGGACGACACCCCUACUCAAGCUAUCACAGCUGGAGAAAACAGCUUGAUUUCCAUCGUUUUUUAUCAAACUUUGGAAUAUUCAAGGAUCGAGGAUCGUCCUCUUCCUCCAGAGAUCUUAGCUGCCAAUGGAGGAGUUGAAGACGAAACUUAUCAACAAAGUCUCGUACUUCAUUAUAUCUCCUUUUUGAUCAGUGGCGACUUGGAAAUCGUUGAUCACUGCCAAUGGUUAUUUGACGAAUGUGUAAAUCUAAUCAAUGGAACACAUCCUUUAACUAUGGAAAAUAAGAAAUUAUUAAGUGCAGGACAGUACUGUAUACUUUCAAGAAUCGCUUCUGGCGCCAGCACAAGUCUUGGAAAACAUCAUACAGCUUUUAAAUAUAUCAAAUUAUCAAUUCUAGCUUGGAUGGAAACUGAAAAGCUCAUGACGGAUGAUCAGUUAGAACAGUUGACACCGGAGAAGGAGAAUCUUUGUCAUAUGUAUAGGGUAGCAAGAGUUUACAAAGCGAUAGCCAUGUAUUGUGCUGGUACAGAUUCAAAUCAAGAUUGUCAUGAUGAAUGGGAAUAA